AAUUACUGAAGAAUCAAUUCAGCAGCUGGAAGAGGAUAUAACAGCAGAUCAAGCAGCCAAAGAGUCUAAAAGAGCCCUAUUAAAGACCCCGAAGUCAUCAACGGCUGAAGCAAAAGCGAAGGUCGCAACCAAAAAGGGUCCACAUGUAUCGCGGGAUCCCAAUUCUACGACAACUAGUAACCGGUUUUCUGGUGAAAUUCCCAACGCUAUUACUGCCCAGUAUCGAGUCAAUAGUACUCAGGAAGCCACUGCGAUGAAGAAAAUGCAAGACAAAAGCAAUGCAGAGAAAUAUAUUCCGGAAACACAUCUGUCCGAGCGCAUUGAAAAAGAGCAAGCGGCGAAACUAGAAUGUUUGCAGGCUGAGCUAGAACAAACCAAUCUUGAACAGUCAACAUUACGCUCGGAACUGGACAAAACCCAAAAGGCGUUAUCCAAGAGGGCCCAGAAGUAUAAUAUACAACAUAGUGAUGACCAAUCAAAAAUUCAAAAGUUGUUACGGCAGUUACGGCAGUUACAGUACGUGGCCGAAGAGAAGGAAGAAUUAAAGACCUCUCACGCUCAUCUACAACAGACACUGAGUGAAAUUCAAGAACGGGCUUUUCGCUCCAUGAAUAAUGGCGGAUGGAUAGCCCCGGAAGACGCAAAAGUUCGCGAUUAUCUUUCAAGACUUCAAGAGAAUAUAAAGAAGUGGGCUAAGAACAGCGCCUUCAAAGCUUUCGGUGACCAACACUCACAAAGUCUUUCCAUUGACCAAAAGCAAGAAAUCAUGCGAAGCAUGUCUAACUAUUGUUUUCCACAUGACUGGGACCAAUUAGUUCAAAUAAUACCUCCACAUAUUGAAAAGCGAAUUCCUUACCUUUUCACUCAUGCAAUACUUUCGAAAGAUAUCUUCGAAACCAUAAUCGGCAAUCCUUUCUUCACAUUGGAAUUGCAAGGACAGACUGACUUCCCAACUACGACACAACUCUUGAAUCUUUAUCAAACUAUGAUUAAAAUCGAUCAAACAGAAGCUCACAUUUGGCGAUCACAAAUGCUCCGGCUUCUGCAGGCGACAGAUAGAGCUUCAAAAUCGGACAUUUUUUUUACGGGAAGAUUACAAGCGAAUAUUUCUCAAAUGGGUGUUGAGCGCGCAGAGAAGUUCCUCCGUGGACCAGCGAGGUACUUGCUUGGUCAAUCAAGUGGAGAUGAUAAGUCGGUGCAGAAGGCAUUGGCGGAUAUAUAUUGCUAUGCAGGGCAGUUGGCAUUGUCAUUAUGGACACAAAGAUCGUAUUUAGAAUGUUUAAAUCGUCAGCGUAUCACUCAUUUCUUUGCAGGGCGAGAAGAAAUGAGUGCCCAUAGAUUCCAUCGUCUUGAUGAGGAAGACACGCGAUUUGACAGGCAGCCUAUUCUCGUUAUUGUUCAACCAGCUCUCAUUGCGUUUGGGAAUGAUAAUGCCGAAAGUUAUGACCAACAUAAAGUCUGGGCAGAGGCGGUAGUUUUGGUUGAUGAAAGAACAUAAAACUAUUGAUGAGUUUUUGUUCGUUGAGACUCGGUCAGCACGCCAUGUCUCUUGGCCUCGUACCACUACCAAAUAUAUGUGCAGGUAUAUCCAGCAUUUAUGCCUAGAUCGUUAGGAAUCCAAAAGACUAUAAAUCUUAUUAGUGGGCUCUGUUGCCAGACUAUUCGC